CCCCGCCCCGGCCUCCGCGCGCCCAGCGGCCGCCAGCCCUGCACUCAGGUGCGAGCACCUUCCGGCCACUCGGGUCCCGAGUGCCUGCUUGCCGCGGGCUGGACCCCAGCUUUGUCUGUCGCUGCUUUCUUAAGGCUGGAAGUUUUCCUUGCGGCUGACUGAGUGAACUAGCCAGAAAUACACUCUCGGGAAAUGGCCUCUAAAUCUUGGCUGAAUUUUUUAACUUUCCUCUGUGGAUCAGCAAUAGGAUUUUUUUUAUGUUCUCAACUAUUCAGUAUUUUGUUGGGAGAACAGGGUGACACCCAGCCGAAUAUGCUUCAUAAUGACCCUCAUGCUAGACAUUUAGAUGAUAAUAGACCCAGUCACCUCAAGGGACAAGUGAACUUCAAUGCAGACUCUAGCCAACAUAAAGAUGAGAACACGGACAUUGCUGAGAACCUCUAUCAGAAAGUUAAAAUUCUUUGUUGGGUUAUGACAAGUCCCCAAAACCUAGAGAAAAAGGCCAAACAUGUCAAGGCUACAUGGGCUCAGCGUUGCAAUAAAGUGUUAUUUAUGAGUUCAGAAGAAAAUCAAGACUUCCCUACUGUGGGAUUGAAAACCAAAGAAGGCAGAGAGCAACUAUACUGGAAAACAAUCAAAGCUUUUCAGUAUGUGCAUGACCAUUAUUUAGAAGAUGCUGAUUGGUUUAUGAAAGCAGAUGAUGACACAUAUGUAAUACUGGACAAUCUGAGAUGGCUUCUAUCAAAGUAUAACCCUGAAAAACCCAUUUACUUUGGGAGAAGAUUUAAGCCCUAUGUGAAGCAGGGAUACAUGAGUGGAGGAGCAGGAUAUGUACUAAGCAAAGAAGCCUUGAGAAGAUUUGUUGAUGCAUUUAAAACAGAAAAAUGUACACAUAGUUCCUCCAUUGAAGACUUAGCACUGGGAAGGUGCAUGGAAAUUAUAAAUGUAGAAGCUGGAGAUUCCAGAGAUACCACUGGGAAAGAAACUUUCCACCCAUUUGUACCAGAGCACCACUUAAUCAAAGGUUAUCUACCAAAAACAUUUUGGUACUGGAAUUACAACUAUUAUCCUCCUGUAGAGGGUCCUGGUUGCUGUUCUGAUAUUGCAGUUUCUUUUCACUAUGUUGAUUCCACAACUAUGUAUGAAUUAGAAUACCUCGUUUAUCAUCUUCGUCCAUAUGGUUAUUUAUAUAGAUAUCAACCUGCCUUACCGGAGGAUAUACUAAAAGAAAUUAAUCAAGCAAACAAAAACGAAGAUACAAAAGUAAAAUUAGGCAACCCUUGAAAGCAGAACGGGAGUGGACUGAGGUUGAAUGGUCUACAUUGCACUGAAGGACUCCUGCCUUUCUGACAGAACCCUGAAACCCCAGGGAGGAACUCAUCUGCAGUGAACAUUCCAUAUAGAAAUUUUUCCAGUGGAUGACUAUAAUCUGAAGCAUUUAAAGAGCUGUGAAGUCUGUUAAGAUGUGUUUUGAUACAGUAAUAUAUAACUAUAUAUAUAUAUGAAGAAUUUGUGUUUUUAAAAUGGUGAAAGAUAGAAGAGCUAGAAAGACUCUGUCCCCUGUUCCUGACUGUGUGUUGUCACUAAAGCUGGAGUGGUUCAGUUUGUAAUCACCUAUUGCACUGCACCGUUAGAACACAAUGCUGAAUAGAUCUGCCUUAAAACUAGAAAGAAAUACUGUUGCUCAAUAUACACUCUGCUCAUGUGUAUAUGAUACAAAGCAGCCUCCCAAUUGCUGAAUGAAAACUUUUCUGUGAUUAUAUUACUUAUAAUUGGCCGUGUUUCCUCAAGAAGUAGAAUAAGAAUGACACCCUGAAGUUCACUAAUAAACCACAUUUUUCGAUUACUAUGGGCCUUGACUACAUUGUAUGCUUAGUUCUAUAUAUAAUCAACCUUGUACCAAGUCCCCAUUGCCUCCUUUCUAAAUGCUUAACUCUUGAAGACCAUUCUUACCAUUAAUGCUUAUUUACUCAAAACAUUGUCAGCAUUCUAUAAAAUAUGCGUUUAAAAAUAUUCUGUCUCCAAAUUCACCCAUUGUUAAUUGUGGGUAACCUAAUUAAAUUUAAUGCUAUUUGGACAAGAUUUUCUUGAAUCGGUACCACUCUCGGGAAUUAUUAAUGACAUUGCAAAUCAGUUAUUUCAGAGUCUUUCCAACUACAUAAUUAUUGUUCCUCUUAUUUUCAUCCUGUGGAGAUGGAAUUUGUUGUGCCUUUCAUAACUUGCUUAAAGCACUUUUAAAAUUAAUUUUUAUGUCUGAUGUGCCUAUUAACACUGGCAAAAAUUUUUAAAUGUGGCUUUUGGCCAGAAUUAAUUAAAAACACUAGCAAGUAAAGAAUACUUAAGAGAAGCUAAAAUAUCAAAUACUUUAUUUAUAGAUAACAAUAUUUCAUGCUGAAUUCUUAUUUGGAGAUAAUUGUCUUGCCAGUGUAAAUCUAAGAACAGAGUCCCAUUCAAAACUGCCAUCAGAAUAAUCUGUAUCAUUCCAACUCCCGUGACCGCUGAGUUUCUAAGAGUAUAGAAAAACUUCUGAGUGGAGAGCGGAAUAUUUUACAGAUUUUCCAUAAAAUUAUUUUUAAUUGUGAAUGAUUUACUUUUCUUAUUAUGCUAAUUUUGCAUGAUUAUUACACCAUUGACUACAGUUUAGCUAAAUAAUAAAUACAAAUAAUUUAUAUGUAUUGUGCCAAAACCAUAACCUCUAUAGAUGAUAUAUUUGAAGGGGUGUUUAUUUCAUUGGCUGGUUAGGAUCACUCUGUCCUAUUUUGGUUUGGGUUCUCACAGUAGUGUCAUCUACUGAUAACCUAGGCUUUGUAGUCUACUCUUUGAACAGCUCUUUACCAUGAUUGGGACAUGAAUUCAUCUGUGUUCCAUAUAUGUUACUCUUCUUUACUAACAGAGUAAAUGACUCCUCCAAAAAUUUUAAUGUUGACAAGAAACAAAUGCUACAAUGAAUCCUGGGCUACAGAGUCAAGCAGCCUGGCUUUUAAGUUCCUCCUCCAUCACUAUGUAACCUUGAACAAUUAAUCUUUCUGUGCCUCAAUUUCCCCAUCUAAAAAUUAGGGAUAAUGAUACUACCUACCUCACAUGAUAUUAAUGAGGAUUAUAUAAAUGACUGGACAUAAGGUUAUGAGAACACUGUAUGGCCCAGAAUAGGACAUGGUCUUAAGCAGGUUUUAUCCUGUUACCUUGGAGUGCAAAUAAUUGAUUCAGAUAAAUAAAAUAAUCAAGUCAUAUCUGAAGGAAAUACUUUGCACAUUUCUUAAGAUAAGUAAUAUAUAGUAUUCAUCUAGUGCCUGCUUUAUGUCAGGUACUGAUUGUAUUCAGUACAAUUGUGUUAAUCUUCAUAAAUUGGGUGUUAUUUCCAUAUUGUAGAUAGGGAAACUGAGGCUCAAAGAAUCCGAAUAAUGUUUCCACUGUCACAGUGCUAAUAAGUAAGAAGGCUUGGAUUUAUAAUCCAAACCUGUGUGUUGUUUGUAUUAUGUCAGCUCUAGGGUUAGUCAUGUAUGUAUGUAUGUAAUAACGAAAUAUGUAUACGCACAGAGAGACAUGUAUGAGUACUACAUAACAUCUGGUACUUUUCACCAGUAAAUAGUCCAAGUGGUCAAACAGCUAAAUUGGUAUGGUGAUUCUUAAAUUGUGAUCCUCACCCCCUUACCUGGUGUUGACUUUUGGCAUGCGGCCCUGAGGUAUUCAUAACCAGAUACCUUCUAGUGAGAGUUACUAAAUUAGCACUGCUGGCAGCUUGGUGGAGCUUGUAGCCCGUCUUCACCACACCCAGAUCACCUGAGUCAGAACUCCAAGAUAGAGGCUGGCAGUUUGGUUUAAAGAGGCCCUGAAAGUUGGUCUUACUAAUGCUAUGUUGAGAACCACUGUCUGUUUACCUACGUGAAUUUGGUGCAAAUAGUCUUUGGAAUACACUCAGGAAUUCUGCCCAGGAGAAAGGCAUUUUUCAAAGACUAAAACUUGUUUAAAAUCAGUGUAGUCCAGGAUCAUAAUAUAUUAAAAGUAAAUGCUGUGGGGUUUAAAGGGUUGGUGCAUUAUUGGUUUGGGCAAAAUUCUUUACUUCUCUAUAGUGACUGUUAUUAGGACCCUCAAAAUCUAUAAUUCUCCAAGUUUAGUCAUUAUACACUGAGCAGAAAGGGUUCAGUAAGUGUUAAUAUGUAUAUAUGGAUUCAUUAAAACAUAUAAAUUAAUAUCAUGAAAAAUGUCCACUAGUUGCUAAAAUUUACCAAUAGAAAUAGAAAAGUGCUACUUCGUAAUAUGCCAUAAUUUAUACCAUCAGCUUACAUUUUGUCAUUCUCAAACAUCAUUUGCUUAUCCUAUGAUCUAAUGAAGCAAAAUUUUUCUCCCAAGUGAAUGGUAAAGCACAUUAAACAAGAUUUUAUGGCAAUAAUGAUUUAUUUGCCAUCCUUUAAAUUAACAUCUGCCAUGUGAAUAGUUGAUUGUAGUGUGGUUUCAAGGCAUAAGAUUUAAUAAAGUCUUAUGUUCUCUAUUAAUAAUAUGCUUAUAUGUUUUUCUAGUGGGAAAUUCAUAAAUACAAAGCAGAUUUUUGUCCCAGAGUUUGACUAUUUGAACAUAAUCUAAAUUUCAGAGAUCAAUUUGUUAUUAUAAAGGAUGACAUACCAAAUCACUGACCAGUUCAUACUAUGUUUUGAAUGUGGUAAUUGGGUUCGAGCAUUAAGUUUGCUAACUGGUUGUUUUCGUAGUUAUUUUUUACCUUCUUAGCCUGUCAAACUGUAUUGCUAGACGAAGGCCCUGUUGUACUUGAAAGCCGCCCACACUUGGUUUAUCAGCUCCUACUCUAGCUGUGUCCUUGCUUUUUCAGUGCCGUGAGGUCAUUAUUCUGUCUUGGCAUGUCCUUUAUGCUUCACCUCUGCUUUCUAGUUCCUCAUAGUGCUGUCUCCUUGGGGUGGAUUUGGGUGAUCAGAGUGUCUAUCAUUUGUAAUGGUUUUAUGCCUACUACAUUUGGAUUUCCAUGAGACUAAAGUACAAUACUAGUAAUUGCUGGCUUUCAGACUACUUACCCUAACUGAACAUGUACAACCUAAAACAAUUCUACAUUGAUAAUUAAAGGAAGUAAAGUUAUUUACUCUCUUAAAAGAAAAAAAAUGACUUAUUUUCUCUUGUAUUAGGCCUGAGAGAAACAUACAUGGGAAAUCUGGUAGACAAGCUGUGGUAUAUUUUACACUAAUGUAACCUCUAUUGACUAAAGAUGACUUCCAGUUAUGUAUCAGAGCUGUAUUGAAAUCUUAACACCGAUUAAAAUGAGAACUUUGUACAGAUCCUCUUCUGAGAAGCAACUUAAAAGCAGCGUUGGAGUUGAGUGGACUUGGAUUCACUCCUCAUCUCCUGAGUUUCCAGUUACAGUGGAACUGUGUGACUUUGCAGGGCGCUAUAAUGAAUGAUCUACAUGAAGUGUAUUAGAGGGGAACUAACCUCACUGCUAAGCAGUGUGUUGUAUUAUACAGUGAAUGUUUGUGUUUGGGAAUUCAAAAAUUAUUUAAAGUAAUAGUGUCAAUGAAGGGUUUAAAAAUGUCUGGUGACUUGCUUAUUUUAAGUGAUCACCAUUAAGACAGAAAAAUGUAUUUUUAAAUGUUUUUUAAAGUGCCUUUUGAAAAUUUUUAAACAAUGGAUUCAAACAACUGCAUUAAAAUAAAUGACCAUGUUCAAAA